AUAUCCAGCUCUUUACACGUCGUCGGUUUGCUUAGUUACUUUGCUUGGGGAAAAAUGGUCGAAGAAAAUCCAAAUAAUGGGGAAAAUCCGGAGAAAACUGAUGGCGGAGCAGCCGUGGUGGAGCCACCGAAAAUCUUUACUGUCGAAAUAUUGCACAUGAUUAAGGAUGCACAGCAGCAGCAUGGUCUGCGUCAUGGUGACUAUCAGCGCUAUCGUGGAUAUUGCACGCGUCGCAUACGACGUCUCCGCAAGGCAUUAAAGUAUCCGCAGGGCGACAAGCGCCACUUCAAACGCCGUGAUGUGACCCUUACCCAAUUGACGGGUAAAAAAGCUGAUGAGCGCUUUAUUCACAUUCCUCUGAUCAGUUCCGAGCGAGCCUGGGCCUAUGCCAUGCAGCUGAAGCAAGAGGCAAAUACGGAACCAAGGAAGCGCUUCCAUUUGAUCAACAAGUUACGUCGGGCCUGUUUCUAUGCUCUGCAAUUGCAAGAGUUGUGCAAUUCGGAGGUCUUUGACGCCCGUACGAAGCUGGAAUGUGAAGCCUAUGUAGCCUGGAUGCAUGGCACUCUGCAUUUUGAGCUGCAGCUUUGGAAGUCGGCGGGCGAGCAUUUAAAACGCGCCCAGGUAGUCUAUGAGAAUCUGGCCAAGGCCUUACCCGAUGACGAGCAGGAGCUGUAUCGUGCCAAGGUUAAUGAGUUCGCGCCCAAUCUCCGUUACUGUGCCUACAACAUCAGUGGUGGGGCUAGCGGGGGCAAGAUCGACGAGAUUCUCGAGCUGCGUGCCCAGGGAGUACUCGAAAAUCUUGAUGUGUUGGUCAGCCAAACGAAGACAGAAAGUAGCGAAGGCCUGCAGACAAUCGACUGGCGUGGACGAAAGGUUACUGUGCGACCAGAGAAGGUGCGUCUGUUCCUACUUAGUGCCCAGGAGCUAGACAAGUCCCUGGCCAAGACAACCAAAUUAGACGGCAAAAUUGAACUAAUCGAACGCAUUCUAAUGGACUGCAAGGAUGCCAUUCAGGCGGUAAGGGAUGAAAUUAAACAGGAUCCUAAACUGCGAUCAUUGACGACCGGUCAAACAGUGUCUGGCGUGCAAUAUUUGCUAGCCUAUUUGAGUUAUAUACGCCAUAGCCGGACUCUCCAGCGUAAUCUUUGCCUUGUGGACCAGGCCAAGCUCAACUUUGACGAUCCCAAUCAAAAAUCCCAAAUCGUUGGCGAUGGCAAACGUGUUCGCUCUCAGGAUUUGGCCCGCCUUUAUGAGAUCAUUUUGCAGAAUGUGACAGAAAUGCAGCAAAUCGCCGGCAUGGAGGAGGAUGUUCAGUAUCAGAGUGAAGUUGCCAAUUUGGCCAUUACAUUUAAGGCGUUCCGCUGUUAUUACAUUGCUCUUACGCUCAUCGACAUGAAGAAAUGGAAAGAAGCUGUGGCUCUCUAUGAGCGCGCUUCCAACUAUGCCACUGAGGCUCUGAAAGGGAAAUCAUCCUCAGAGUUCCAAAUGCAGGCGGAGCUCAAACAAGUUGUAUCCACCAUCGAUGGCUGCAAGUUUUCGGCCCACGCCUACAGCGUUUUAGAGGAUGACACAAAGGAGGAUGCCGGUGGCUCCUCAUCCAAAUCCCAGAAGACAACGAAACCGCUUUAUGAGCGUCUAUCAGAGUACAAGGAGGAUCAGCCGCUUCAUACCAAGACACCAAAUGUGUUCAAACUUACUCCAGAUAUGGAACCUAUUCCCUGCAAGCCCCUGUUCUUUGAUUUGGCAAUGAACUAUAUGGAAUUGCCAUCGCUGGAAUCCAAGUUGGAAUCAUCUGGCAAGAAGGGCGCCUCCAUAACGGGCUUCGUUAAAGGCUUCUUGGGUUGGGGCGGCGGCGGCAACAAGUGAGAGAUUCCUCACUCAAAAAUGCCCUCUUUCUCUUUAUCUGCUUAUUUUUUGGAUUCCACGCAUUUAAUGUCGCCCUUAGACAACUUUUUGUCUAGGCUAAGGAAUUAGUUUGUUGUUUUAUAUUUGUUUUUUGGCUUUCUACAUACACACAUACACUACUCGCGCGGCAAUUGUAUAAACAAAAUAUUAUUUUUUUUCUAUGUCAACACCGAACAUUUAUGGGUUCCAACAAAGUGAACAAUUAUUGGUAAUAAAGAAUUUUACAAUAGA